AAAAAAUUCCCAAAAAGGUGUUGGAUUCAAUUUAAAAGGGAAAUUAUGUGAUGAUUAUUUGAUUAUGUGUUUCUCCUUUCUCUGUCUUAUCUCCACAAUCUCGUUUUUUCCUUUCUAUAACCAUACGGAUACCCAAUUCCCUAAACAACCCAAUUUUGAAUUCUAGGUUUGGAUUUAGCACAACUAAAUAUUGGGCAGUUCUUUUCUUCACCAAUUUGAUUUUAUUUCAGAUGGGUUUUGAUUAAUUUUAGAGGUACUGAAGCUGGUUCUUGUAAUUCUUUUGGUGCUAAUUUGAGCUCAAGUAUUGAAAUUCAGGAUGAAGAGUGUUAGAGAAUGGGUUUUUAGUCAACUAGUUUCAAAGUCUGUAGCUUUAUCCAGACCAUUAUCUGGCAGCGCCAGUUUCCUCUCUCAUGACCCUUUAAAUGAAGAUUCUAAUCAUGCCCAAGCUCACAUAAACCAAUCCGACGCAGAACCAGUGUGUCCUGACACAUCAUUAUCUUCCAAUAAUACUCAGGAGGAUGGACAUCAUAACGCCCUGCAGAUGGAUUUUGAAGAUUCAAACAGAUCUACUCAUGAUUCUUGUUGUGAACAAAUGGAUCCAUUAAAAAAGGUUGAAGAUCUUGAGAUAAAGUUUUUCAGGCUUCUUACAAGAUUAGGGCAAUCAUAUGACAAUCUUCUGGUGGGAAAGGUUUUAUAUAGGUUGCACCUAGCAGCUUCAAUACGAGCAGGAGAAACAGAUUUGAAAAGAGUCAGAAAAGUAGCAGCAGAACAAGAAGCAACUGAUUUACCCAAAUUAAAUUUCUCUGUGAGGAUACUUGUUCUAGGGAGAACUGGUGUUGGGAAGAGUGCAACUAUAAAUUCUAUAUUUGAUCAUACAAAGACCAUGACUGAUGCUUUUCAACCGGCCACCAAUGGUAUCAAAGAGAUUGUAGGGACUAUCAAAGGAGUCAAAGUAACUUUUAUCGAUACCCCUGGGUUUCUGCCUUCAUCUACAAGUAAUAUGAGAAAAAAUAAGAAGAUCAUGCUCGCUGUGAAGAAAUUCAUUAGGAGAUCUCCACCGGACAUUGUUUUGUUUUUCGAACGGCUUGACCUCGUCAGCAUGGAUUAUAGUGAUUUUCCUCUUUUGAAGCUUAUGACUGAAGUGUUUGGUGCUGCGAUUUGGUUUAACACCAUCCUUGUCAUGACUCAUGCUUCCUCGUUACUUCCCGAAGGCCCAAAUGGAUAUCCGCUCAACUAUGAAUCAUAUGUUGCGAGAUGUACAGAUAUUUUACAGCACUAUAUACACCAGGCAGUAUCUGACUCAAAACUGGAAAAUCUGGUACUUUUAGUGGAAAAUCAUUCUCAGUGUAAAAAGAACUUCAUGGGUGAAAGUAUACUUCCAAAUGGUCAACCUUGGAAAUCUCAACUCUUAUUACUAUGUGUAUGUAAUAAGAUCCUCAGUGAUGCUAGUACACUCCUAAAAUUUAAAGACAGCAUUGAAUUGGGUUCAUCCAAUAGCCUUCGCGCGCCUUCACUUCCGCAUCUCCUUUCAUCUCUUCUAAGGCAUCAGUCUGUAUCAAAUCCAAAUGAAGUAGACAAUGAUGCUGAUAGAAUUUUACUUUCAGAUGCAGAAAGAGAAGACGAAUAUGAUGAAUUGCCUCCUAUAAGAAUCUUGACAAAAUCUCAAUUUGAAAGAUUAACUAAAUCGCAGAAAAGAGACUAUCUUGACGAGCUGGAUUACCGUGAGACCCUUUAUUUAAAGAAACAGUUAAAAGACGAUGCUCUCAGGCGUAGGAAGAAGAAGAUUUCUGAAGUGGAAAUUUUUGGAGAAGAUGAUACUUCUGAUGACCAGCUGGCAUCCCCGGAGGCUGUCCCGUUACCAGAUAUGGCAGUUCCUCCAACUUUUGACUCAGAUUGCCCAGUACACAGAUAUCGUUGUCUUGCUACAGGUGAUCAAUGGCUUGCGAGACCUGUUCUUGAUCCUCAAGGAUGGGAUCAUGAUGUAGGUUUUGAUGGCAUAAACCUGGAGACUGCUGUUGAAAUGAAAAAGAAUAUCUAUGCCUCAAUUACAGGACAGAUGAGCAAAGACAAGCAUAAUUUCAGCAUUCAGUCUGAAUGUGGUGCAGCUUACAAAGAUUCUAGGGGGCUUACGUAUUCUGUGGGAUUUGAUGUUCAAUCUUCCGGUAAAGAUCUUAUCUAUACGGUCCAUAGUGACACAAGGCUGAUGAUUCUGAAGCACAACAUUGCCAACUGUGCAGCUUCAUUGACAUCCUUUGGGAACAAAUAUUAUGUCGGUGCCAAGCUUGAAGAUUCCGUCUAUAUCGGGAAAAGACUGAAAUUUGUAAUGAAUGCUGGCCAAAUGAGGGGUCCCGAUCAAGCAGCAUAUGGUGGGACUCUUGAAGCGACGUUAAGAGGGCAAGACUACCCUGCGAGGAACGAUAGGAUCAGUCUGUCAAUGACAGCUUUGUCCUUUAAGAAGGAGAUGGUGAUGGGUGGAGGGUUUCAGUCCGAGUUUCGCCCAAUGCGAGGUAUGACAAUGGCAGUUAAUGCCAAUUUAAAUAGCCAGAAAAUGGGGCAAAUUUCCAUAAAGAUAAACAGCUCCGAGCACAUUGAAAUUACUCUUAUAGCCUUAUUCUCAGUUAUUCGGGGCCUUUUACGUCGGAAGGAGUCUGAAAACGGAAACAAAGAAGCAGCGCAGACAUGAUAAAUUAGUUAUGCUCCCUUUGAUGCUAGCUAAAUUUUCUUAUUUCGGAAUGUAAACAGUUGCCAAAAGCUUUAGGAAGGAGAAAACAGAGAGUUGGAUUUUUUCGGAGGUUGUUUGACUCUUUGCCGGGUCUUCAGUAGCUAAUCCGUAGAAGACAAGAUGGUGAUUUUUCUUUUUGAUCCAUAGUUGAUAGGUAGAGAAUAUGAAUGAAUAUUCUGUUUAAACUGGUGAUUCGGUUAUACCAGUUGACUCGGCAACUGGGCGAAAAAGCCCUGUAACAAGUAAAUCACUGUUAUAUCUGUACAGGAACAACUUGGAAAUCUGUUUCUUUUAUGAAUCCAGGAAUAAAUUUGGCUU